UUUUUCGUGCGCGCACAUGCGACUCACUUCAAGGUUUUCUUCCAUUCUCCUCCCUCUCUCUCUCUGUGUACUAUUCUUCAAAACAUCUUCACAUUCGUUCUCCAGCAUUGGUGUCUUGGAGGAUAAGAAGAACAAGUUGGUUUCUCUUAAAUGUUUGUGUGUUUUUGGUGAAACAUUACAUUAUUGGAUUACAUUACCAGUGAAUAUUGGAUAAACAAUUAAUUUGAGGAGAAGAGAAGUGUGUGUGUGUUUAACAAAAAUGACCAUGGAGAUUCAGUUGAUUCUAUUGAGUUUGUGUGUGACCUUGGCUGCGAGUAUCGACCUUGGACCAUACAUACGGAUCGCGCAAUGCAGAUCUCAAUGCCUUCGACAAUACAGUGUGGAUGGUACAUGCGAUGUACUCUCAAGUUCGGAUGAAUAUCUCUGCCGAGAGUGCUGGAAUCACUGCGAGGGCCUGGAAUAUCAGUGGCAGACCUAUAAAGACCUUUGCGAAAACGACGCGAUCUCCUCAACUUGCCCAUCAUGCGGAACAAUUUGCAACUACAGGAAGACACGAGUGAUAGAAGAAUAUCUUCCAUCAACAUUACCAGCGCCAGAGAGGCCUCCAGCUUCAUUAAAAAAAUACGACAUAGCAAUUCUCUUGAGGAAAGUUAACAACGAAUGGAUAGAAUCCGGUUAUUUCCCAGGAUCCUUUGUAGCUCGUCUAAAGCCAAGUAUGUGGCUUAUUGUCGUCUCGGGAGAUGGAGUGAGGCACUUUAGCUAUGACGAGUGGAUACCAACGCUUGAAUCCCUGAAAUCAGGUUCACUUUAUGAAGCGACAAUUUCGUGGCGCAACGUCGAUGCGCAAAUACGUAAAAAUUAUGUUCUCGAGCAAAAGGAAUUUAAUGAUAAAAUAAGACAAUUUUAUUUGGAAAAAUACGGACACAGCGUUCUUAAUGAGAGAAAUUCAGAGGAGGAGGGACCAACUGAGGCAUUAUUCAGAGAUUUCUUCUUUAAAAAGAAGAAUGAUGAGGACAUUAUUUUUGGUGAUCAUGUGAGACCAUCGACGAGUUAUAGUUUAUUCAAUAAGGAGCGUGAGGAGAAGAAGGAAUCGUGGGUCGUUGCUUGGGAACCGGAAGCUGGUGGUCUAACCGGAAAUCAAGAGGCUGAUUCGAAUUAUGCACAAAUAACACUUCUUCCCGGAACACGUUAUCGUGUACGAAUUGCAUCGAAAGAUGGACCUGGCAGUUUUCCCAUUGAAGUUGACACAAGUGCCUCAUCAUUUGUGCAAGUUCACAGAAUAAAAAAAAACUUCAAAAAUAUUUACGCAUGGGGGAUCAUCGCUGCGAGCAUGUCUAUGCUCAUUUUUAUCACUGUAUUCGGAUUAAUCAAAUUGUUAACGAGAAAUAGAAAGUACAUUGAGACAGAGGAGGAGGUAGUAUGAGUUUUCAUUCAAAGGCGGCUUGGGGACUCAAGUUCAUUUUUUUUUCCAUAAAAAAAAUGCUUUUGGGUCGAUAAAAAUGUCGACCAAAAAGAAUAGAAAAAAAAAUCUCAGGGAUCCACUUCCUCAGCGAUGAGGUUGAAUAUAAGUGGAGGAUUUUUGAGUUAAAGACUGAAAGAAGACAAGGAUCGGGGGGAAUGAAAAAAAAACUCCCGAUUGUCUUCUUAGGAGUUUGAAAAGCUUCAUGUCGGAUUUGAAGAGAACGAAGACUACUGUGAGAAAUAAAGAAGUAAAUAAAAAAAAAACUGUGGCCAGUUAGAAAAAUAGACGAAACCAAUGAAAUAUACGAACAUUUGAUAUUAAAUUUCAUGUCAAUUCAAUUCAGUUUCCUACCAGUUUACACAAAGAAAUUUCCAUUUUCCUUAAAAUAAAAUUCGAAAAUAACCUGCAACAAAAAUUGUUAAUUCGUGUUUGUACUUCCAAUUUUUAAAAAUCAAAAAUUACUUUACAGAUUUUAUCAGAUAAAUUUCUAUUUUGCUAAUUUAUAUAACAGAAAAAAACAAUUGUACAAACUUGCUCAAAAUGUAACGAAACAGACUGUACAAGAGUUCCUACUAAACGACCGUGGGGUUUUAGACUUCACCAAAUGUAUUUAUUUGUAAAUAUUGUGGAUAUUUGUAAAUAGUAAUUAUAAUUAAAUAAAACAUUUUAAGUGAACUUUA